AUGGUAGGGGACGGCUUCAUAGUGAAAGGGAUAACCAUAGAGAACCCGGCAGGGCCCAGCAAGCACCAGGCGGUGGCCCUCAGAAACGGCGCCGACACCUCCGCCUUCUAUCAAUGCAUCUUUGUGGGCUAUGAAGACACCCUCUACGUCCGCUCCCUCCGUCAGUUAACGUUCUACCGUGAAUGCGACAUCUACUGCAACGUCGACUUCAUCUUUGGCAACAACGCGACCUCCGUGCUCUGUAACCUGUACGCAGGAGACGGAUUCAUAGUGGAAGGGAUAACCAUAGAGAACCCGGCGGGGCCCAGCAAGCACCAGGUGGUGGCCCUCAGAAACGGCGCCGACACCUCUGCCUUCUUGUGA